AUGCAGCACAGCACCCAGUGUUUCAAAUGUGGAGGUCCUUCUCACGCCAGAGCAGAAUGUCCCGCCAAUGACACAAAAUGCCGGGGCUGCGGAAAAAAAGGCCACUACCAGCGCGUAUGUAGAAACAAGGCUGUAGUAGCGUGCAUUGAGGAAGAAGAGAGGAAAAGUUUCUUCCUGGGUUCUGUGACAUGCAAAACCAAUAAGUGGGAGGUGGAUGUGCAGAUAAAAGAGAAACGGCUGAAGUUCAAACUUGACACUGGGGCAGAUGUAACUGCCAUUUCUGAGAGUGACCUGAAAGACUUGUACCCGGGGGCACAAAGGCCUGUUCUCCAUGAGCCAGAGAAACCCUUGCUGGGUCCAGGAAAGAUACAGCUGGGGGUAGUAGGCUAUGCAAAAAUGCAGCUGACUUACAAAGCCAAGCAGACGGAGGAGAAGGUUUAUGUGGUCAAAAACCUGGGCACACCUUUGCUCGGGUUACCAGCCAUUAUUGCCUUGGGCAUACUUAUUCGAGUUGACAUGCCGACACAUCCCUCUGAGCUACAACCUGAGCUGCCUGACCGCAGCUUGCUGUUUCAGAAAGAAAGGGUGAAGAGGAUGACAGAUGCUGCAAACUUCAACAGGCGUCAUCGUGCGAAGCCACUCGGGAGCCUGUCAUCAGGUCAGAAUGUGUGGAUAACUGACACACAAACAUCAGGGACAGUGAUCCAGAGUCACACCUCUCCGAGAUCGUACCUUGUGGAUGCGCCACAUGGAGUGGUAAGACGAAACCGCAUGCAUCUUAUACCACUCCAGUCUCCAGCACAAGAUGAGGGUGGACAGCAGCAACAGGAGCCACUGCCGGUCCUAGAGCAGGAUCAUGCACCACCUGCUGUGGGGUCUCCUGUGCACUCUCCGGGGGUUUCUAUUCCCAGAACAACCAGGUCUGGGAGAGUGAUUAAACAGCCCACUAGACUGAACUUAUAA